AUGAGAAACCAUACAUCAUUACCUACAUUCAUUCUCCUGGGACUAACAGAUGAUCCUCCAAUGCAGGUUCUGAUUUUUAUAUUUCUAUUUGCUUCCUACACACUGAGUGUCACUGGGAACUUGACCAUCGUUAUACUCACUUUAGUAGACUCUCGCCUUAAAACUGCCAUGUACUUUUUCCUCAAAAACUUCUCCUUUUUAGAAACCUUAUUCACCACGGUCAGCAUUCCCAGAUUCUUAUACAGCUUAUCAACUGGGGAUAGGACUAUUUCUUAUAAUGCUUGUUUUAGUCAAAUAUUUUUUAUCUUUAUUUUUGCAGCAACAGAGUUUUUUCUCCUAGCCAUCAUGUCCUAUGACCGCUAUGUGGCCAUCUGCAAACCUUUACAUUAUGCAAUCAUCAUGAACAGUAGAGUCUGUGGAAGACUUGUUAUUUGCUGUUGGAUAGCAGGUUGUCUGGUCAUAUUUCCACCAGCUUCCCUGGGCUUACAGCUGGAAUUCUGUGACUCUAAUAUCAUUGAUCAUUUUCUCUGUGAUGCUUUUCCUGUGCUAAAAAUCUCUUGUUCAGACACAUGGUUCUUAGAACAGAUGGUUUUUACUGUUGCUGUGUUGACUGUCAUUGGGACAUUUCUGUGUGUAGCUCUGUCCUAUACAUACAUCAUCAAGACCGUCAUAAAAUUGCCUUCGGCUCAGCAAAAAAUGAAGGCCUUUUCUACCUGUUCUUCUCACCUGACUGUGGUUUCUAUCACCUAUGGAAGUUGUAUCUUCAUCUAUGUCAAACCUUCAGCAAAGGAUGAAGUGGCAAUUAAUAAAGGAGUGUUAGUACUUACUACUUCAGUUGCUCCCAUGUUAAACCCAUUUAUUUAUAGCUUGAGGAACAAACAAGUGAAACAAGCUUUUACAGACUUAAUCAAAAGAAUUUCAUUGAUUUCAAGGAAGUAA